CUUGUUCUCUCUCUCUCUCUCCAGGGCGAUGGAGUUGGGACGAGAAUGUCUGAAGCUCUGGGGAUACGAGCGAGUGGAUGAGAUCAUCUGGGUGAAGACCAAUCAGCUGCAGCGAAUCAUUCGGACUGGACGCACUGGCCACUGGCUGAAUCAUGGCAAAGAGCACUGCCUGGUGGGAGUCAAAGGGAACCCCCAGGGGUUUAACCGAGGCCUGGACUGUGACGUGAUUGUAGCAGAGGUUCGAUCGACCAGCCACAAACCCGACGAAAUUUACGGAAUGAUCGAACGGCUCUCGCCUGGAACCCGGAAAAUCGAACUGUUCGGGAGACCCCACAACGUCCAACCCAACUGGAUCACACUCGGGAAUCAGUUGGAUGGGAUUCACUUACUUGAUCCGGAUGUCGUAGCUCGCUUUAAGAAAGGUUAUCCAAAUGGAGUCAUCACCAAGUUGAAGAAUGUGUGAGAGCUAUCGAGAGAAGCAUCAGGAGAAGCGAAGUCCCUCCCCCCGAUCUCCCUUUCACCCUCCACCCCCACCUCUCCCUCACCCCCUCCCCCCUCUGUUGGCAUGGGCUGUACACUGUCUGGGAUUACACGCACACACACUGACGAUGGGGGGAGUGGGGACUGUGUAAAUAUUCUGCUGUUGUCUUCGCUCAGGGCUGCAUAUUUCGAUCUGUAUCUGCUUCAGGCAGGACACUGGCCUGUGAUUAAAUCCCAGUCACCUCC